GGUAUAUUUCUAGUCUUAGUAUAACCGCAUAGGUGAUCGGGUCGUAACGGUUCAGUUGUAAAAAGAAAAGUUGCAUUUUGAGCACUCAAAAAGUUUAACAGUGCUAAUAAGAAGAACAAUCACGUCAAAAGUGCACAUCAGAAAGUUUGUAGAGCGUAGCCCAGUGAAAAAUGGCCAACAAUAUUGGUGUUGCAUCUCAUCGUAGACUUAAGGAAAAGAAACAGCCGACUGUAGUAGUCCCUUCGGUUGCCAAUCCAACUGAAACAACCACCUUUGAAUUGCUAACGCAGAAGAAUCAACCUGAUGAAGCAGAAAAGUGUCAUACGAAUGCCAGUUCUAAUAUCGAUAUUUCUAAUAGUGAAUCAGUCAAGGUCGUCAAAUUUGAGGAGCAUGACACCGAGGACAAGUUGGAGUACAAAUUUUAUCCAGCUACAAAUAGCGUGGUGAACUUCAAAGUUCGAGCGGCCAACGAUGCUCAUUUGGCAUUAACGAGCGGGCCAGCAGAAUCCGAUCCUAUGCUAGAGGUGUUCAUCGGUGGGUGGAAAAAUACGAAAUCUGUCAUCCGGAAGAAUCGCACCAAACCGGACGUGAGUGAGGUGGAAACUCCUGAUAUUUUGAACGCUGGCGAGUUCCGAGGAUUUUGGGUUAGAUGGCUAGAUGACGUAAUUACUGUGGGUAUGGAGGGAGCUGCGGCAGCAUUUUUGUCCUACGAAAACACGGAACCAUUUCCGAUUAACUUCGUCGGGGUUUGUACAGGUUGGGGAGCGUCUGGUUCAUGGAUCAUCGAGCAAAACGACCCGGCACCGUCGGCUCCAGCUGCUCUAGUGUCCGGUGGGGCAGCUUGUUGGGUUCCAACAGCCAAUGGAGAUAUUCCACCCAAUGCAGUAGUUGGUGGAUCAGAUGGAGAAGAAUUAUAUAUUGGUCGCGCACAACAUGAGGGAGCAAUCAUUCCCGGAAAGGUCGUUGCUUCACAUGGCACCUGUUAUGUUGCUUGGGGUGGAGCGGAGAAUGCCAAAACAGAGUACGAAGUUCUUUGUGACAGUAAUGGUACUUUCGUGCCGACUUCUGGAGGUGACAUUCCACCAAAUGCGAUUCCUGCUGGUGAAACUGAGGAAGGCGAGCCACUUUUCAUUGGGCGUGUGCCACAUGAGGGUACCAUGACAAUUGGAAAGGUUCAACAAUCGCAUGGUGUUUGCUACAUUCCUUACGGCGGACAAGAGCUGGCAUUUGCCGAAUAUGAAAUAUAUGUUAGCCAGUAAACCGCAGGUUCAUGACGUGGCGAAACCUUAGGAUCACCGCAACAGCCUUAGAGCACAAUACAUAAAGAAUCUCGUAAAACGGGAGAUAUGAAAUCUCACUGAAUUUCAUGCUCGUAAUGCAAAUUUGUUGUUACUAAUGCACAAAAAUAUUUAUAAUCCACAAAAGUUACUAUUACCAGAAAUAAAUGCUUGCUAGAGUUAGCGACCAUCA